GGGGAAAAUAUCAUAAACAGACAAAAGAAAACAUAUCUCAAAUAAUGCUACAAAAUGGUGGUAGCUAGUCGCACUCAUGGCAUUCUGUCCACCAAGCACUGCAUCCACCUUAUCUUGUAAAAAGGACAACCCAAAAACUUACUUCCUUCUCAUUCUCACGAACCAACAAAUCCACACCACCAUCUUUAAGAAAUGUUACUGAUCAAACCAAUUGGCUCGCCAAAGGGAAAAUGGGUAGUAGCGCCAGCAGCAGCGGAAGGUCUCUUCCCAGCCCUCAAACACCUGCAGGUGACGGCGAUCCAAAGACAGCCCUCAACAAUCCCAAGUCCAACUACUGCGGUGAGUAUGAAUUCAUUACACAAAUUGACGGAGAAGGCCUAUGGUCCUUGUACUACUACUGCCGCCGCCGCCGCCGGCAGGAGGCAAGCGAGAUGGGACAGCGUCGCCGAUGAAGAGGAGAACAACGAAGACGAAGAGUACAAUCAAGAAAUCGCGGUGCUGGAAUUCUACACCCAGCGUUGCAGAGGGGAAGCUCUGGUUGUCCAUGCCUCUGUGGAUGGCCAGCUUGUGGAAGUCCUCAUCUUCAGAGGAUUCUCGUCGUGCUUGAACUACGGGACGGCGGCGGACCCGUCGAAGAGCGUGAUUCCGGCGAGGGCCGUGAUUAAGUGGGUAGACAGGAUUAAGGGGCCAUUUGAUCCUUCCAACAUUGAGUACUUGGAGAAAGAGAUCAGUUGGGAUUCAUUCAAGGCACGUCUUGCUGCUUCUUCCCCUGUUCAAUAGCUCUGUAAUUUCAUGUGGCCUAACUCGAAAUUGUAUACUCCCCCGUAUAUUACUGUUUUCGUCGCUUUCUUAAUUAACAUAAUAAAACCAUUACAGUAAAUUAACCAUGUGUGAUUGCACAAAAUGGUAUAAAUUUUUAGGCUUAAUGAUAAAUUGAUAAUUAAAGGAUGGGAUGAUUGAUUAUAUACCGGUGUGGUUAAUGCUUCCAAUCUGAUUAACUUGAUUGUGCCUAACUCGGAGUGUAGAUGGGCCGGAUGACAAGCGAGGCCCAAAAAGAGUAGAGAUUUUCAGCCCAAACUGGUAGCAUCCUUUAAAGCCCGGGUAUGCUUGAUCGGGCCUGCAGGGAAUGCUCAUAUUCGCUCAUUAGCUGCCUACUGCGUAAUAGUAGUUUGUCAACUCUCGAUAGUCAACGGUAAUGGCUGACGUAAGAUGAGAAAUAAAAUAAUUUGGAUCAA